AUGUUAACAGUUACCGAAUCCUUGUAUCGCACAGCUACCCGAGGACGUAAUUUGCAUACAAGACUUGUGGGAUUGCAACUUGCAAAUAAGGGUAUCGCUAGGAGACGUCGGAUGGAAGACUGCAAGAAUAUUGCAUACAAUGAGAUACCAAGAGAACAAACAGAAAGGCUUGCUACGGACACAAAGCCGAUGGUAGAGGAGGGAACUCGAGACCUUGGAGAGGAUGACGAAGAACACCAUGACGACUCAAAACGUACUGGAGCAGGAGCGGUGGAGUCGAGAUCAGGGGCAUCGCAGACAGGUUUCAUGUGCUCCUAUUGA